UGACCCUUGACUUGCAUCUUGCAGCCGGCUGUUUUUCGUUAUUACCUGAAUAUUCAAUUCGAGAUUACGAUUUCUCUUGGAUGCGACGGGAUGCUGCCUUGACGGCUUGAUUGUGUCCUGUGAGCAUCCAUUGCGUUCAUCUGGAGCUUGCUGUUUGCUUUAAUUCUUUCCCCAAGACUCUUCCCACUGCACAAACCAACCACACACGACGCGACAUGAACAACUUCGGCGUCAUCGAGCUCGCCAGCGCCAAAACGACUUCGGCUCCCGGAUGGGCCUACGUUCCUGAUACCGGCGCCCUGCCUGGAGCCAACGCCUUGCAGCCGGCAAACCGGAAACGAGCUCGCAAUGCGCCCGCGGGCGUGACGGCCGGUGACUUGACGGCGCGGCAGGAGGCCAAGAUCCGGAAAGAAAUCGAGGCGCUGGAGAGAGAUGGGGGCAAGGACAAUUCGAUUCCGAUACCUGCAAAGAGCAGCAAAGCUACUGGAAAGUACACGCCCAACGUUCGAAAGAUACUACAGUCGCAAAAGACGUUUUCAAACCACCUGGACGAUUUCCUAGCUUUUCAGGCACAGACUGAGGGCGGCCCAACUGCGGCGAGCAAUAAUCGACCUACUAACACCAACACCAAACGCCCAGCCGGCAAACGAGACGCUACUGCUACACCUACUGCGACUACCAAGCCAUCGGCGGGCAUACAAGAGGAGGAUGUGGCAAUGACGGAUGCAAACCUGCCCCCGAUUUUGGUAGGAUCAUACCGACCACCACCAACGGCCCAUCCUGGUGACAACGAUCCGCUGCUAGUAUCUCGUAUGCCCGAAGUGCCGUCGGAUGAAGAACUAAGGAAGCUGCUGGCUCACCCACCGCUCACAUACUACGAGGCCAGAGGGAAAUGGGAGGACAACUACCCCACGCGUGUAUUCUGUGAGGUUUGCGGAUAUUGGGGACGGGUGCGGUGCAUGAAGUGCGGCACGAGAGUCUGCGCAUUGGAUUGUAUGGAGACGCAUAGAGAGGAAUGUGUGACCAGAUAUGGGCUAUGAGGCACAGACGUCCUAGGAGAUGAUGGUUGAUUGGAAAUUGGAAGAUGUAAGAGAAGCGUCGUGUCAGAUUUUGACAUGGCCAUGGUCGACGGUUACGGAACGAGGUCAUGAUAUGAGGGUUUGAAAUUGCAUUCCACGGCGUUUGGACGGAGUUCUUGCGGAGUUCUUGCGGAGUUCUUGGGAUAGGAAGCGCAGCACUGAUACCCGGUCUAUUUGGAAUGAGGAAUUCACACUCAGUUGAUGCUUACUUGAUUGUCUAUGAGUCUUAUCCUACAUGUCUUCUUCCUGGUGGCUCCGAUAUCCGGCCCAGCUCACGUCAGGUGUAGAUAUAUGGUGACUCAGGAACCGGGCAAUGAAUCCUACAGAUUAAAAGAAACUACAACACGAAAGUUAAAAUUAAAAUAGACUGCGAAUGUCGGAUGUUGUUGGUAAUCCGUAGUAGAAGGUAGUAGGGGUUGCAUUUACACUGCCCAUUGACUCAAUAG